AUGGCAUUUCCAAACCCUAAAAAUAAAUAUUUCUGGGGAGGGGUGGAGUAUGCCCCUAUCUUCCCAGUAUUUCUUGCCACAAAGGCCAAUCCAUGGAGUGGAGAAGGAUUGAAGUAUGACAGAGUAUUGGAACAGUUAAAUAUAUCUCUUAAAAGAUUAAAGAGAGACUCUGUGGACCUAUUCUACCUCCAUGCUCCAGAUCACAAUACACCCAUUGAGGAAACACUUAAAGCUGUUAAUCACCUCUAUAAAGAGGGGAAAUUUAAGUACUUUGGUAUCUCCAAUUAUGCUUCAUGGGAAGUGACCGAAAUUUAUUACUUAUGCAAGAUGAAUAACUAUCCAUUACCAACUGUUUACCAAGGAAUGUACAAUCCUGUCACAAGGUUUACUGCGGUUUCAGAUGCUGUAAUCCUUGGGGCGUCUUCUGUCAAGCACUUGGAGGAGAGCAUCAAGAGUACGAAACACGGGCCCUUACAUGAAGAUGUGGUCAAAGUAUUUGACGAAGCCUGGGGCGAAAUGAAAGGCGACUGUGUUAACUAUUUCCGCUGAACUGACCUCGUGAUAACUGAAGGCUCUUCAGACGUUAGAUUUCGUGAAAAACUCUAGGAAACGAAGACCGCUAAAAAAAGGUUUAUGUAGACAAAUAGGGCGCGAAAAUUAUGAAAGCACUUAGGUAUGGUUACCAAAAACUCAGUAAACUAAAUGAGGAAGAAAGAUCCUCAAAAAUCUUGCAGACUUUGUAAAAGAAAUUAUACGUUCAGUUCUACUGACUUAUGACAGUGCAUAUUUGAGGGUUUCCAGCUGUUUAUUUUUUUCUCUUUUUCCAGUCAUGUUCGCUAAUUUUCUGAUUUAACAUAUAUGGUUAUGGAAAAUCUGCUGAUUAGUCCGCACAAUCUGUGACCGGCUAUACAAACUGACGAGAGAUUCUCAAACAAAAAACACGAAAACGAUCCUGCGUAAUUCAGACUGUUAAUCCAGCAUAUUUUGGUUCCAGAAGAAGAAAACGCCUUUUGCGACCAAUACAUGUAUUCCCAGGCUCAAACGGGAAAACGUAAAGCACUAAAUGCCAAACGUGACUAACUGGACUAACUGACGUUGAUCUGCAUAUCCGGUAGAAGGAUGUCACGUUUUGCUAUCUUUGACCCACUUAAGUCACUGAUUAGUAAUUUCAGUGCGUAUGUUGCUUGUAUUAGCCUGAAAUGUCUUUUUUUUUCCUGGUCCCCUCUGCUCAGGCUGUUGGAAUACCGAUAUGGAAUUUUCCCAGUUCAUUAAAAUGAUUAUUUUAUAAAAUACACUUUGUAAAUUGUUAAGGUGUAAUCGGAUGACAUAGAUUGAUAUUCCCAAAUUUUGAAAUGUAGGAUAUAUUUUUAGUUCUUUAUAAGUGCAUGUAAAUGUACCAUUUUUGUGUUAGCAAUAAACGUUUAUAUAAAAAUA